GAGGAAGACCAACUGGAGUUUCGGUUUUACUUUCUUUUUCUCUUAGAGCUGAGCUACAUGAUAACAGGACUGAACAGGGAGCCAAGUAUUUCUUUGGACAGUAAAUCAGGAACACCAAUGGACCAAAAUGAACACAAUCACUGGGGAUCACAUGCAAAGGGCCAAUGUGCCAGCAGAUCUGAGCUGAGAAUCAUCCUUGUGGGCAAAACAGGAGCUGGCAAAAGUGCUGCAGGUAACAGCAUCCUCAGGAAGCAAGCAUUUGAAUCAAAGCUGAGUUCCCGGACCUUGACUAAGACUUGCAGCAAAAGUCAGGGAAGCUGGGGAGGUAGAGAGAUUGUCAUUAUUGACACACCAGAUAUGUUUUCUUGGAAGGACCACUGUGAAGCUCUGUACAAAGAGGUGCAGAGGUGCUACUUGCUCUCUGUACCAGGACCCCAUGUGCUGCUCCUGGUGACUCAGCUGGGCCGCUACACCUCACAGGACCAGGAGGCUGCACAGAGGGUGAAGGAGAUCUUUGGAGAGGAUGCCAUGGGACACACAAUUGUCCUCUUUACCCACAAGGAAGACCUCAGUGGUGGCUCCCUGAUGGAUUACAUGCGCAACUCUGAUAACAAAGCCCUAAGCAAGCUGGUGGCAGCAUGUGGUGGGCGAAUCUGUGCCUUUAAUAACCAUGCUGAAGGGAGAAAUCAGGAUGACCAAGUGAAGGAGCUAAUGGACUUGAUUGAGGAUCUGUUGAUGGAGAAAAAUGGUGAGCACUAUACCAAUGGGCUGUACAGCCUAAUACAGAGGUCUAAAUGUGGAUCUGUGGGAUCAGAUCAAAAAUUAAAGGAAUUCAAAGAGAGCCUUAUAAAGUACAUGGAAACUCAGAGAAGUUACAUAGCCUUGGCUGAAGCAAAUUCCCUAAAAAGAGCCUUAAUCAAAACACAACUGUGUGUUUUAUUUCGUAUUCAAUUGUGUCUCAGAUUGCUAAUUCUGUCGCUUUGCGUAUUGCACAGCAUGUGCACUUUGUUUUGCUGCUUACUCUUUAGUAUGUGCAAUUUACUGUGCAGCUUGCUGUUUAUUAUACCCAAAAAGUUAAUGAUAUUUUCGAGAACAGUUAUUAGACUAGAACGCAGGACUCCUAGGUUAUAGUUACAGAUCCCAGUUAUUAUUUACUCACUAGUGGGUGAAUCACAGUGCUUUUCCUGUAAAAUGUGGUACCCGAUGUCAUAUUUGAGAUUCUAUGAAAUGUUUAAAUCUUAACAUCACUCCAAUUAUUAAUGAACCAAAUCAUAUAAGUUACUGUCUGCAUUGAAAUAUAAUAUCAAAGCCUUUUGAAAUCUGUAAACAUAAAAUUUCUCUCAUUUUCAAAUAUUUAAAGCCAGUUUUAUGUUCCUAAAAACUCAUUUUCUUCUUUCUAGUACUACCGUUUCUACUGAAUAUAAUGAAAAUGGCAAUAAAAUAAUAUUACAUAAACUGUAAA